AGGACUGCUGAUGGGGGAGUGGUUUACUUUUCCACUGGGCUUCAAACACACUGCAUGAUUCCGUCCGCGCUAGAGACACUUGAAGGCAUCGCUUUCAUGAGAUUUACUCUCUUCCUACAACAUAAGGAUAUAUCACAGUAGGGAGAAUGGAAUUGCGAAAGCUGUCUCGGUUAUAUAUCUUCAUUGUCUGUCUUUUGAGUGUCUCCAGCUCUGCGUCCGCCGCCAGUCACUAUAUUUGUAAUGGCCCAUUGGUAUCCAUGCUACCCCCAGCUUCCUUAGAGAGCUCCUCACAGUCCUCUGUCAGUAACGCUCCACACUUUGCCAAGAUCAACAGAAGAGAUGGAGCGGGAGGCUGGUCUCCCCAGGUGACAGACAGCCAGCCGUGGCUGCAGCUGGACCUCAGGGACAGGAUGGAGGUGACGGCCGUCGCCACACAGGGGCGCUACGGCAGCUCAGACUGGGUCAGCGGCUACCUGCUGCUGUUCAGUGACACAGGCCAAGCCUGGAAGCAGUACCGACAGGAGGACGGGGUGGGGAGGUUUGUGGGGAACGUGAAUGCUGACAGUGUCAUCCACCACAAGUUGUUCCACUCUAUCAGAAGCCGCUUCCUGCGCUUCGUCCCGCUGGACUGGAACCCCAGUGGCUGGGUGGGACUCAGAGUGGAGGUGUACGGCUGUGUCUACAAGUCAGACGUGGCAGACUUUGAUGGCAGAAGCUCCCUGCUCUACCGGUUUAACCAGAAGUCCAUGAGCACGGUGAAGGAUGUGAUCUCUCUGCGCUUCAAGAGCCACCAGGCUGAGGGGGUGCUGCUCCACGGAGAGGGUCAGAGAGGCGACUACAUCACUCUGGAGCUGCACCGGGGCAGGCUGGCCCUCUACCUCAACCUGGAUGACACCCGGCUGCGGUUCAGCAGUGGUCGUGUUGCGGUAACUCUGGGCAGUCUUCUGGAUGACCAGCACUGGCACUCUGUCCUCAUCGAGCGCUUCAACAAGCAGGUCAACCUCACCAUGGACACCCACACGCAACACUUCAGGACCAAGGGGGAAGGAGACUCUCUGGAGGUGGACUAUGAGCUCAGCUUCGGAGGCAUCCCACUGCCAGGUAAACCUGGUACCUUCCUGAGGAAAAACUUCCAUGGCUGCAUCGAGAACCUCUACUACAACGGGAUCAACAUCAUCGACCUAGCCAAGCGACGCAAGCCUCAGAUCUACAGUGUGGGCAACGUGACCUUCUCGUGCUCGGAGCCCCAGCUGGUAUCCACCACUUUCCUGAGCUCCAGCAGCAGCUUCCUGUCGCUCCCAGCCACGCAGUCUGCUUCAGCGGGCUUCGCGGUGCGUUUCCAGUUCAGAACAUGGAACCCAGACGGGCUACUGCUCUCCACCCAGCUGUCCCUGGAGCCCCAGCGACUGGACCUGCAGAUAAGCAACAGCCGGCUGCGCCUGACCCAUCACACAUCAGCCCAGCAGAAAGAAGAGGUCUCCACCGGUCACAGAGUGAAUGAUGGACUGUGGCACUCCGUGAGUCUCAGCUCCCAAGGUCUCCAAGUCACUACGACCCUGGACAACGAGCCGUCCUCAACCAUCGAGCUGGGGGACCACAUGGAGGCAGGAAACAGCCUCUACUUCGGAGGUUGUCCAUCUCUGAACAUCUUAGGCUGUGAGAACCCCACGUUGGCGUUCCAGGGGUGCAUGCGUCUCAUCUCCAUCAACAGCCAGCCCAUGGACCUGAACCGGGUGCAACAAGGACGGCUGGGAAACUACAAGGAGCUGCAGUUUGACACAUGUGGCAUCCAUGACAGAUGUCUGCCCAACUUCUGUGAACAUGGAGGGCAGUGUUCCCAGUUCUGGAACACCUUCUACUGUGACUGCUCUGGAACAGGAUACACUGGAGCCACAUGCCACAACUCCAUCUAUGAGGCAUCAUGUGAGGCCUACAGGCUGACUGGCAGCUCCUCGGGCUUCUUCUCUGUUGAUCCAGACGGCAGUGGACCUCUGGGGCCGACACAGGUCUACUGCAACAUGACAGAAGACAAGGUGUGGACAGUGGUGACCCACAACAGCACAGAUCCAGUCAGGGUCCAGGGUUCUACUCUCCAAAAGCCCUACGUUAUGAAGUUCAACUAUAGUGCCUCACCUGAACAACUGAUGACCCUUGUGGCCGGGUCAGAGCAGUGUCAACAGGAAGUGAUGUACGGCUGCAGGAAGUCCCGCCUCUUCAACACUAGAGAUGGUACCCCAUUGUCCUGGUGGGUGGACCAGGGUGGAGAGAGACGGACUUACUGGGGAGGCUUCCUGCCGGGGGUUCAGCAGUGCUCCUGCAGCCUGGAGGAAAACUGCAUGGACAUGAACUACUUCUGCAACUGUGAUGCCGACACAGACUCAUGGGCUAAUGACACAGGAGUCCUCUCCUACAAAGAGCACUUACCAGUGAGUGAGAUUGUGAUUGGAGACACCAACAGAACAGGCUCUGAGGCGCUCUACAGAAUCGGCCCACUGCGUUGUUAUGGUGACAAGUCUGUGUGGAAUGCGGUGUCCUUCUACCAGGAGUCAUCCUACCUACACUUCCCGACCCUCCAGGCAGAGCUCAGUGCUGACAUCUCCUUCUACUUCAAGACCAGCGUCCCAUCAGGAGUCUUUCUGGAGAACCUGGGCCUCAAGCACUUCAUCAGGCUAGAGCUCAGCUCUCCCUCUGUGGUGACGUUCUCCUUUGAUGUGGGAAACGGGCCAGUGGUCUUGGCCGUUAAGUCCCACGUGCCCCUGAAUGACAGGCAGUGGCACUAUCUGAGAGCGGAGCGCAGCGUGAAGGAGGCUUCUCUGCACGUGGACCAGCUGCCCCUGCGCUUCCUGGAAGCCCCGUCUGACAGACACCUCCGCCUCCGGCUCAACAGCCAGCUGUUUGUGGGGGGAACAGCGGCCAGGCAGAGGGGCUUCCUGGGAUGCAUCAGAACUCUGACUAUAAACAGCGUGACCUUUAACCUGGAGGAGCGGGCUAAGAUGACCCCGGGGGUAAGCGUCGGCUGCCCCGGCCACUGCAGCGGCUCCAGCAGUCUCUGCCACAACAGAGGGAGGUGCAUUGAGAAGAACAGUGGCUAUGUCUGUGACUGCUCACAGUCUGCUUACGGAGGACCCUCCUGCAAGGAAGAGGUGUCUGUUUCAUUUGACAGAGAUUCGUCAGUGACCUACACCUUCCAGGAGCCUUUCUCUGUGAUGCAGAACAGGAGCUCCCUGGCGUCCAGAGUCUACAGAGAGAGCGGCAGGGCCAGAGAGAACAUAGCUUUCAGCUUCAUGACCACACAUAGCCCUGCCAUGCUGCUCACUGUCAGCACCUUCAGCCAGCAGUACAUAGCAGUCAUCCUGGCACGCAACGGGAGUCUCCAGAUCUGGUACCGUCUCCAUGUGGACAGAAAGCCAGAUGUGUUCAGCCCCAGCCCUAGCAGCCUGGCAGAUAGACGCCUCCACCGUAUCAGAAUCCACCGUCAGGGGAAAGAUGUCUACCUACAGAUUGACAAGGACAUGAACCUAAAGUACAGCCUGUCAUCAGACGCAGAGUUAAUCUCUAUCAAAUCGCUGACUUUGGGGAAAGUUAUAGGAGUGGAUGCUGUGGAUGAGGAAGUGAUGCGGGCAGGAUCUAAGGGCUUCAUUGGCUGUCUGUCAUCAGUCCAGUUUAAUCACAUGGCUCCACUGAAAGCAGUGCUACUAAAUCGUGGCAGCUCAUUGGUCACUGUCCGAGGUCACUUGAUGGAGUCUAACUGUGGGACGUUGGCUGACUUGACAAUAUUACACUCUCAGUCAGAUCAUUCAGAGACAGUCAGCAGAGGCAAGGGGCCAUUAAGGAAAGCUUCAAAAAACAACUCAGUGGUAAUUGGAGGAGUGGUGUCAGCGGUGGUCUUCAUCACUCUGUGUGUGGUGGCGGUGAUGACCCGUUUCCUGUAUCAACACCGGCAAGCCCAGAGAGAUGCCAGCAUCAAGGAGAAGGAGCACCGUCACAACCUGGAAACAGCCUACCGGAGAGAAGCAGCCUACCAGGCAGAACCAGCGUACCGAACAGAGCUCCACCUCCACCACAGCUCCACCCUCAGGGACAACAGGGAGUACUACAUCUGAACACCAGUGUCCCAGUCCCUUGGUCAUCAGGGAAGGCCUCUUCUCUGUUAGUGGAUUUGGAAGUAGAGAUGUUGCUGCAGAAUCAUGGACAACAUUCCGGAAAAUCAAAUGAACCCAGAGCCCAUGCCCAGUACCCUUGCACAGGGAUUCUGCCAGGGCCAAUGUCUGAUUGUUACAAAACAUGUAGGUAGUGGACAGCGAGUUUAGACGAUUUUUAGGGCUGUAAGUGUAUUAUGUGGUUGGUGGAACUGUUAAACAAUAUGGAGUGAAUAUGCAGGUGUGAUUGUGAACCAUUUCUCAACCAGCAGAAGUAAUGACUGAGAUAAAGAAGGAAGGGAAACAUAAGUGAAUUUCACCUGCCACACCUACUGAAUGUGUACAAAUUCCUGAAUACAUCAUUAUUCUUGUAACCCCCAAUAUUCUUCAAGAUUUCCCUCAGAGUUCUUUGGAACGUCCUAAAUUACAUGUGAAAGAUACGAACGUACUGUAGGUCUGUAAAUGACGCCAACUGUGAACUUUCCAGUGUGGCAAGGGGCCUAUACUGCCUUCUGUAAGAGUGCCUCUUCAUAUUGUUUUAACCUAUUUUUUUAACAACCCUUUACAACUUGGUUUCAACUCAUUAGUGUUAACUUGUGUUUUGAAUUUUGUAUAAGGGAAUCAAUCACACAUCUGAACAUGACGCACCUGUACUGUAAAAUCAUCCUCUGUUCGAACCUAUAACAAAUGGAAGGUGUAUUUUGUUGUAAUUAUACAAUGCUGUAAUUUAUGUUUAAAUGAUGCAUUAUGCUCAAAGGGGAGUAUUUUGCUAUCAGAUGGAUUGAUAAGUACAGUUUAUGUUCCACUUCAAAAGCUGUGCUGACCUAGAUCAUUUAGAGACAUGCCUGUGACUGGAAUUUACCUACAAAUUUGCCAUUCAAAUCAAUGCAUGGUUGUGCGAAGAUUCAAGUCACGAAGCUGUGUCUCAAGACAAGAAAUGAUCAGAUGUCUCUAUAGAAAAACUUUACUAACCACUAACAAUGAGAUUUUGCUCAUUGUUUUAUUACAUUUGUCAUUUAUUUACCUUUCCUUCUUUAUGAUUUGUAUAGUUGCAGUUGUACAGGUAUAUUGUAUAGAUGUAUAUUUAUUAAUAAACGGAAGACAUUCUUAAUUA